CCUUGCGUUCCUCACCCGGCCUUAGCUUGAUGUAGUUUAUAAAUAUUUUGAUUGAAAAAGUACUCAUCAGAGCAGCGAUAGGAAAAUCCCAAUUUUAUCCCAAAAAUAUAGUAACACGGGACAUUGAGCAAGCACCAAUAAUGGAUCUGCUGGGUUCUAUACUUGGUUCAAUGGAUAAACCCCCGUCCAUAGAUAAAAAGGAAAAAGAAAUGAUCGAAAAACAAAAAAAGGAACUUGAGAUGCUCAGAAAUAAAGAGCGUGACGAACUGAAUCGUUUUCGAAAAUACUCCGAGGAACGCCUGGGCAGGCUUGUCAAAGAUCCCGUGAGACAGUUUAUGGAAUUUCAGCCAUUGGAUAAAGUUCACCGUUCAGUGGUACAUGAUAUCGCGGAAAUCGGUGGCUUAGUUGCGAUGAGCUUCGGGGUCGAGGGAGUCGAUCGGUAUAUAGUGGUGUAUAAAAAGGAACAUUUACCCUCUGAAGAUGAACUAGCAGCCCGUCGGAAUGGCGAUCCAUGGAACAAACAAACUGCUGCAGAAUACGCCCAAAAACGCAAACAGCAGAAACUACUAGCAGAUGAACAACAGAGAGAUACUUCGGACAAAAGUAAUUUAAGUGUAGUACCUUCCAGUAAUUACAAAGACAAGUAUGCUCAUUUGAUCGGCCAAGAAUCGGCACUACAGGCUGCAAAAAGGACAGAAUCAAACAAGUCUUACGGUUAUGUCCCUAGUGAAAAUAAGCGAGAUAUCCGUUCGAUUGAACAAACAAUGGCCGACAUCCAAGCAAAAAAGAAAUUAAAAGCGCAGCAUGUUACUGCCAAAACUGAACCAUCCGAGUGAACGUCUUAUCAGGCAAAGACUUAACAUUGUUCUUAAAUUCGUAAGUGUUGUGCUAUAAUUUGUGAGUAUGCGAUAAAUAAUCGAAUUUUAAACCACUAACUGUAAGUUAAUAGCUCAACCAUCGAAUAAUAGGUUCGAAUUGCGUGUCAUUUUGAGUGACUACCCAAGAAGCGACAAGAGGAAGUAGGUAUGUUACAAAAAUGUUGUUCUUGUACCUAGCUGCAAUGUGUUUGCCCUACAAAUUUGAAGCAAACAAUUUUCCGGAAUGUUAAAAAAAAUAGUAACUAGACUGUCUCUAACAGCUGAUUGAAUAUUCUCCUAAACUGUAAAUUGCUUUUUGUUUAUGGUGUUAAUUUUAGAGUAAUUUUUACGUUUGGCAUUUCGACGAAUGCUGAAUUAUGUGGGUACAUUAACACAAUAAUUCAAGCUUUAUUUGAACAAAAAUCAUGAAUUAGUGUAGAACUCUACUUUUCCAUGUUGGAAAUCAAUACCUAUGCUUAAUAGACGGGAUUAUGCACCGUACGCAAAAGUGUAAUCAUCUGCUGGAUAAUUGAGACUUGAUAAAAAAUGGAGCCUCAUAUUUUCAUAGGCUAAAGAUAGAAUGCAUAGAGAAUGCUAACGAAAAAAAUGACAAAAUUUGAAGAGAUUUUAGAGUUGCCAUCGAACACAUCAAUUCAUGAUUCAUUUCACAUGUCGACGAAUUAAUUAUUGUAAUAGGGCUUUUAGGUUAAAUAAAUUGAAACGAUAUUCAAUUUCACAGGCAAUUCAGUAAAUAGCAAUAAAUUAAUCCUUCCUCUUAUGUCGGACAAUUACUACAUGUGAAUGAUGAAAUUGUACCCCCUACAUAUUGUUGUUCUUCCAUCAAUAAACCGAUAGAAUCGUUUAGUAUUUAGUUAUAAUACGAAAAGAAUAGCCUAGAUUUUACUCACGUGUAAAAAAAGAUAAUCCUAUCGUGGUCUACCACAUGAA